AUGUUUCCUCGUCUACUUGCCCAGAGAGCUCUACACACCUCCCGCCCUUUAUUUGAAUCUCCGUCAGUCCUUGAGUCAACACUUCGAGAUGCGCUAAAAGCUUCAAUGAAGGCUAAAGAUAAGCCCGCUGCUGCGUGUUUGAAAACAAUAUUAGCAGAUGUCACGAAUGCAGCUAAAUCAGGAUCAAAUCCCAAUGAACCUAUAAACGAAGAAGGUGUAAUGACCGUACUCAAAAAAGGAAUCUCACAACGAACACAAGCAUCGGAAUCGUACUCGCCCAGUUCCCCAUCUCCUCAUCCUGAAAAUUACUCAUCUUUACAGAAGGAAAUUGACCUUCUCAGAUCUUUCUUGCCGAAAUCCCCUUCAAACGAGAUCAUUCAGACCCUCGUCGACAAAGUCAUCGGAGCCUUGCCGGACGAUAUCAGGUCUUCCAAGGGUGCCGCCGGGAAAGUGAUAGCUGGAUUAUGGGAAGAAUUGGGUGAUAAGAAAGGUGGAGUGGAUAGGAAGGUCGUUGGAAAAAUGGUACAAGAAGCUCUGAAGAAGUUACAGAUAUAG